GACGUUAAUUUUUUUGUGCCGUGUACUAACCAGGCUCUAACCACAUUACACCUCGAUUUUGGUACUUCUUUACCUCCAAUAGCGAAGUAGUGGUAGUUGGUAGUUGUAGCGUGCCGUGUUGUUGGUGCGUCGUAUCGUGAUUGCGUGAUUGCGAAAAGUGAAACACUGAACCUGGAGCGUCAUGUCGGUUUAUUAUUAUUAUUAUUAUUAUAAAUGUUGAAUUGUUAUUUGUUAACAAAAUAACAAAAUAUAAGCAUAGCACUUUUCUAAUGUCUACUGUCUUGUCUACCUAAUUCGAAAUUCAAGUGAAUUUUAAUUCUGUUGGAUAUUUAAUGUUAGUCUAGAAUCAUGGUCAAACUUACCACGGAAUUGAUCAUGAAUUCAUACCAGUUCAUAAAUCCAGUGAAGGAUAGAGAAUUGGACUUGAGAGGUUAUAAAAUACCACUGAUUGAAAACAUGGGUGCAACACUUGAUCAGUUUGAUACUAUUGACUUCUCAGACAAUGAUAUCAGAAAAAUUGAUGGUUUUGCAUACCUUAAAAGAUUGAAAAACCUCAUAUUUAAUAACAAUGCUAUUGUACGUAUAUCAGAUAACUUAGAACAAUGUCUACCAAAUCUUGAAUCUUUAAUACUAACAGGUAAUCAGAUUCAAGAGCUUGGAGAUUUAGAUCCUCUUGCUUCACUUCCAAAGUUGAAAAUGUUGAGUCUUUUACAUAACCCAGUUGCAUCAAAAGAGCAUUAUCGACUGUAUGUGGCACAUAAAAUUCCUCAAGUUCGGAUUUUGGACUUCAGAAAAGUUAAAUUGAAGGAAUAUGAAGCAGCUAAAACAUUAUUUAAAGGCAAAGAAGGAAAAGAACUUAAAAAGAAGUUGGUUAAGAAAUCUAAUCAAUUUGUUCCUGGAGAAGGUCUUGAAACCAGAAGAGCAAAUGGUCAUAGUCAAGAAGAUAUGUGGAGAAUUCGAAAGGCAAUAUCUGAAGCAUCGUCGUUAGAAGAAGUUGAACAUCUUACCAAGUUGUUAGAAGCUGGGCAAAUUCCUAACAAAGACCAAAAUAAAAAGUCUGUUCCACUAAAUGGAGAAGAAAAUAUUGAAGAAUUUGAUGAUGAUGAUGAUGAUAAUGAAGCACCAACACCAAUGGAAUAGAUAUGGUCCAGUCCUAAUCCUUAUACUGAAGACUUAAUAUUUUCAGUUAUAAUUUAAGAAUAUAUUAUAUUUAAUAUUUAAUCAGUUCAUUAAAAGAUAAGAACAGAUAC